AUGAAGCGAAGAAUUUCUUCACCACUCAAACCACCCAACAAAAUCUUGGAAUUAGCACCGAACAAUGUAAGAUGUUUUGUUGCAAACAAAGCAAUAUGUGCUGAGUCGGUUCAAAACGAGCUAAAAGAUUCAAUACCAAACGAUGAUUUAUCUAUGGAUUGGGAUGAAGAAUGGUUUCCAGACGUUGAGUUCGACUCAAAAACAGAAAAGAUGGGUUCUACGUUGGAUCUAUCGGCAUGGAAACGGUGUAAAGUACUGGAAGCACAGCAAGUAGGGAAUCAAUUCAUUAAAGUGACUCUGGAAGGUAAACGUUGUAAACAAAGGGCUGUUUGCCAUCUGCUACCCCCAUGGAACUCGAUUGAAGGCAUUGUAGCGGGGCUUACAGUAUCAGUGUUAGCCAUCAAAGAGAAUUCGCUUUCGGAUCACUUUGUAGUAAAUUCUGAACGUGGCUUUUUCGUUACCAAUCCGGAUCUGCUAGUUUCCGGCACUACAGUAGUCGGAUCACUAUUUUGCCAACGACGUGGAGUUCUGCAGGAACUAUUCCGCAUGUCAGAGGCGGAAAAUGAACAGAUGGUGAUUGGAACGUUGGCACAUUGCAUUUUUCAACGAUGUCUCGUAGAUAAAUCCUGCAAGACAUUGAAAGAUGUCGAAACUGUCGCUAAAGAUGUUCUGAAGUCACGAAAAAUCAUUUCCACCCUGUAUGCUAUGAAACUCACCGUGCCGGAGGCAUUCCGCUUAGUGGAACCGUAUCUGAAGCAAAUUGAAAGUUUCCUGCAUCAACACCUGCAAAGUAACGCUGCAUGUAAAUUCGAGAAGCUUGAGAAUGGUUCUGGGCCGACAAAAAUUUUGAUAAGCGAAGUAAACGAUAUAGAGGAAAACAUUUGGUGCCAUCAGUUGGGAAUCAAGGGCCGAAUCGAUGCAACCGUGUCCGUCGUACGCGACCAAGCAGGCAAAAGCUAUGAAACGAUGCCGCUGGAACUGAAAACAGGUCGUGCAAGCAAUUCGUUCGAGCACCUUGGUCAACUGGCGUUGUACGAAAUGAUGAUGGAACUGGUUGGCCAUAAAGUUAGCGCCGGUCUGCUAUUAUACUUGCGCGAUGGGAAAUGUAACCGGAUUGUAUCAAACCGCAACAUGAAGCGAGACUUGAUUAUGUUGCGAAAUGAAGUUGCCCGUUAUUUAAGUAUCUGGAUGAUUCCAAAUGUGAUGGACAAAACUACUAACUGCGAGGAAUCAUUGCUACCGAUGCAGCCCACACUACCGGCUCCUAUUAAUAACGAACGAGCGUGUCCGAAAUGUCCUUACAGUACGGUUUGCGUCGCUCUGGCCAAACGUGAACAUGAGUUUCCUACCUAUUCCACCAACCAAGGAUUCUCUUCGGUAGCUGACGAAGCGUGUGGUCAUUUAAAAAACAGUGAUCUUGACUACUUUGUCCGUUGGACUGGACUCAUCUACCUAGAGGUACAAGAUUCGACACAAUCUCACCUGGAGCGAGAUAUUUGGAGCUUAACACCACAAGAACGAUACGUAAAUGGAUGGUGCAUUACGGGGCUUACACUGCUUAGUCCGGUGCAUGCUGUCGAUGAAGCAUAUUAUCAUACAUUCACCUUAGCUCAACCGACUUUAAAUUCUGACGCAGAGAAGUUUGUGGAUGAACGCGAUAGAGUGUCUCAAUUGGUUGAGAUUUUCCAAUUGGGCGAAUACGUGAUUUGCAGCACUACGAAACGGAUUGCCGUUGCUGCUGGACAUGUAAUCAGUUUGGUCGGUAACGAGCUCGUUGUAGCGUUCGAACGAGAUCUGUCCGUUAACUAUAGUGGAGAACAAUUUAUUCUGGAUCAACAUGUUACGAGCAGCGGUAGAUCGUCAGGAUUCGAGUUUGUCAACUUGGCUAUGCUGCUCAGCAACGAUGAUACGGUAGCAAGAUAUCGCAGAAUAAUCAUCGACCGUGAAAGGCCUACCUUUUCCGACGGGUUCCUUUGCAAAUCGAUGAUUCCCAAAGCCAAAGAGAUAUUGAAAAAUCUUAACCGACACCAGAAGCAGGCAGCACUCAAAGCAGCCGCCACAGACUCGUACUGUUUGCUGAAGGGAUUGCCUGGUACAGGCAAAACGCAAACUAUUGUCGGGCUUAUACGCUUGCUAUCGCUUCUGGGCCAAUCGAUUCUGUUGACCAGUAAUACGCAUUCGGCGGUUGAUAAUAUAUUAAAACGUUUGCUACCCUUUAAAGAGCUAAGCUUCAUUCGAAUUGGUACUUUAGACCGAAUCGAUCCGGCCAUAAGAGAGUACGCGGAACCAAUUCUAGCUGAGAAUGCAGACAGCCCUGAAAAAUUGGCUGAAUUGUACGGGAAAUUUCAAAUAAUCGCAGUAACAUGCAAAGGAACCGGCCACGCAAUGAUUGCUCAGCGAACGUUCGAUUAUUGCAUCGUGGAUGAAGCGACCCAAGUUUUCCAAGCUAGCAUUAUCCGUCCUUUACUACGUUGCAAGAAAUUUCUGUUGGUCGGCGACCCAGAACAGCUGCCGCCCGUCGUCAAAUCGGCUAAAGCACGGUCUCUUGGAGCCACAGAAAGUUUAUUCCAUCGGUUGGAUCAGGAAGAGUCCUUCUGUGUGCUUCCAACGCAGUAUCGAAUGAAUCGUAUUUUGACCAAGCUGGCAAAUGAUUUUACGUACGACGGCAAACUGGUGUGUGGCAACGAUGUAAUUGCUAACGCGACGCUCAAACUACCCAACCUGCAAACGGUUCGCAGAAUAUAUGAAGUUGAGCGGUGGCUAAUGAAAACGAUUUCGAACCAAAUCGAUCUAUCGGCAGUCGUUGUGGAUACUGGCAAUACGCAUCAGCUGAAUUUGAGCUAUCGACAAUUAAACGAACCGGCUGACGACAGACGAGAUCAUGCGACAAAAAGUCACAUGAAAUGUGCCAACAUUUUUGAAGUUGCCCUCGUGGUAUAUAUCUGCCAAGCAUUAUUGCGAGCUGGCGUUAGCGAGGCAUCGAUCGGCAUAAUAGCACCGUUUCGUGCACAGGUAGAUUUAAUUCGAACGAAAAUUUUAAAACUAUCGGACAGCCACAAGUCGGUAGCAGAAAUGGUGCACUCGCCCUCACACGACGAUAAUAUUGCGAGUGACAAACAAACGCUCAUUCAUGGCUCUUGCGCCAUAGAAGUUAACACGGUGGAUCAGUAUCAGGGAAAGGAUAAAAAGAUAAUAAUAUUUUCUUGCACAAAGUCAUUUAGUCACCCUCCCGCUUCCGAUAAAGAUUGUGCAGCAGCAGCAGCCCGAGCAGAAGGAGAAAUUCUCAACGACAAACGAAGAUUAACCGUUGCGAUCACUAGAGCACAGGAAAAGUUCAUUGUCGUCGGUGAUAUGGCCACACUGAAUUCGUCGUACAGUACGUUCCAAAAGUUAUUUAGUGUUAUGAACAAAGUGAGCAGUGUUCCCAUCGUAGAUAAAAAGGAAGGCUUUGAGUGGGCGAAUGUGAUGGAAUUGCUAGCUUCCUUGUCGGAAUAG